AUGGCCAGUCCGGCCUUCACCCCGCCCUCCCCUCCCACUCUUUCACCAUCCUCUCGACGACUCGUCAUGAAGAACACAAGAGACCGUUCCUGGCUGCACGCUCCUGCUCUGCGCCAGCUCGCAGAGUCUUCGCUCGCCGCCUGGCGAGCGGGAGCUCUUCCGGAAGUCCCUUUCCUUCCCGUUCCAUCGCCCUCUUCACCACAAUCAUUGCGUUCAUCACUUUCCUCAUCCCAGAAAAGUCUGCCUGGCUCCUUGUCGUCGAGUCCGUCUCUAAGAGACUCGCCAUCCGGCUACGACUCGGACGACUUGGACUCGCUUUGUCGACGCGUAGAGGCGGUCCUUGAUACUGCGAGACUCAACUCGAAUUUGCGCGUUGAUAUCUCGCCACCAAGUUCAACUGCCCCGUCUUCUGACCAAGCCGAAAGUCAAUUAGACUCCGAUUUUGAGGCGCAGGUUUGGGUGACCCAAGGUCAUGCAGCUGCGAUACACACGCCGUCGCCAGUUAGGUCAGAAGCAGAUAGCGAUGAUAUUGAUGAAUUCAUACUUCGUACCGUGAGGCGACGACGGGCGGCUGCAUCCGCUUUUGAGUCUCGGUCUUCAUCGGAUGAGUCAGAAGAGGGAAGCGACUAUUCUGGAAGCCGACGCUAUCGACCCAGAAGUCCGCCACGGCAAGUCUUCAAAGACAUCACAGGAAAGAACUCGUCAUUCCGGAGGGAUUCAGUAGAUGAUGACGGCGACGACAGCGGGGAAGAGGACAUGGUGGAUGGCCUGUGUCGAGGGAUCGUGACGAAGCUGCGAUUCCCUCCCGAUAGCCCUCCGCGAUACAAGUCGCUUGAUGUAGAUGCGGGACAUAACUUACUUCCAGCGCUCAAAGGAGCCGUGAACUGGUUCGGUCUAUCGACGCUCCCAUUUCAGCACCUCAGGGAGAGGGCGGCCGAUAGACUGUUAAUUUUUUUUGAUAAGGAGGUGCUUUCUGGCCGACUUGUGAGGGACUUGGCACCGAAGCAAAAGGUCACAGUGGCUUGGUCUGGAAGGUUGACAAAGACUGCUGGAAUUACUCGCAUGAAGCGGCUCUCAUGUGGAACAAGAACCGCCGCUAUCGAGCUGAGUGAAAAGGUGGUGGAUGAACCCGUAAGGCUGUACAAUACACUUGCGCAUGAGCUAUGCCAUGCAGCAGCUUGGAUUAUCGACGACUGCUUCAAGCCGCCGCAUGGUGACCAGUUUAAACGCUGGUCAACGAUUUUUAAUGAUUGGGAUCACAAGCUCGUCAUAACUACCUGCCACGAAUACGAGAUUCGGUACAAAUUUAAGUACAAGUGCCGCGACUGUGGGCAGGUUUACGGUCGUCACUCGAAGAGUAUCGACACGAAUGUAAAAGUUUGCGGCAAGUGUCGAGGCAGACUGCAGCUGAUGAAAACGGAAUAG